UACCUCUGUAACCAUCUAUCUUCCGCCUACCAGCCAAGCGAACACUGUAAAUCGCUCUUUGGGUUUCCCCGCACAAAAACCUCUUCUGGCUGUCAACGCUGACAGGAGUGACGCUGCUCUCAGAGUCUUUUCCUUCUCCUCAGAUCACCCAGUAACCAGCUUUCCAAAUGAGUGACGGGGAGUGUGAUUUCUUCUGCUUCUUCCGCUGCUGCUGAGUGCGCUGUCUACGCGCCUCAGACACAGAAAGGCAGUGUGUCUCCCUUCAGUGACACAAGCAGGUUUGAAGGGGGAGCAGGGUGACACAGGGGGUGGAGCUUCAAACAAGCCAUUUCAGCCAACAGGACCAUUAGGAUCCGACAGGUAGGCGGGCCGUCUACCUGUCCGGGCGUUUGAUUCAGUCGACUGGAUGUCUGUGGACAUGAACAGCCAGGCAUCUGACAGCAACGAGGAAGACUUCGGGGUGAACUCUGAAGAGGAGGAUGAGGAUGAUGGAGGAGAAGAGGAGGAUCAGGGUGACAUUGCAAACUAUUAUGAAGGAGUGGCCAGCGACGUGGAGCAACAGGGUGCUGACUCUUUCGACCCAGAGGAGUACCUGUUCACAUGCCUGACCUACAAAGAGAGUCAGAGGGUGCUGACGGAGGAGGUUAACACUGUGGCCGUUGCACUGAAGGUUUUACCAGCAGUAGCAAAACUGAUCCUGGUGCAUUUUCACUGGCAGGUUUCACAAAUACUGGACAGAUAUAAGUCCAACUCAUCUCUGCUGUUGUCAGACGCUCUUGUUCAGCCCAGCAGCACCUGCAGAUCAGUCACUGCCCCUCAGUCCCUCCAGUGUGGAGUGUGUCUACAGGUCGUACGAAGAGACUCAUUGCUGGCACUGCCCUGCCAGCAUUCCUUCUGCAAAGCAUGCUGGGAGCAGCACUGCACUGUGCUAGUCAAAGAUGGCAUGGGAGUGGGUAUUUCGUGUAUGGCUCAGGACUGUUCCCUGCAGAUGCCAGAAGAUUUUGUCCUGCCGCUGCUGCCAGGAGAGGAGCUGAAGGACAAAUACAGACGCUACCUCUUCAGAGACUACGUUGAGAGUCACUUCCAGUUGCAGUUGUGCCCGGGUGCAGACUGUCCUAUUGUCAUCAAAGUGCAGGAGCCCCGGGCGCGCCGGGUGCAGUGUAGUCGCUGCAGUGAAGUCUUCUGUUUUAAAUGCCGUCAGAUGUACCACGCACCCACAGACUGUGCAACAAUCCGAAAAUGGCUGACCAAAUGUGCAGAUGACUCAGAGACAGCAAACUACAUCAGCGCGCACACUAAAGAUUGUCCUAAGUGCAAUAUCUGCAUUGAGAAGAACGGAGGGUGCAAUCACAUGCAAUGUUCCAAGUGCAAACACGACUUCUGCUGGAUGUGUCUCGGCGAUUGGAAGACCCACGGCAGUGAAUACUACGAGUGCAGUCGCUACAAAGAAAACCCUGAUAUAGUCAACCAGAGCCAACAGGCUCAGGCCAGAGAGGCCCUCAAGAAAUACCUCUUCUACUUUGAGAGGUGGGAGAAUCACAACAAGUCUCUGCAGUUGGAGGCUCAGACAUACCAGAGGAUCCAGGAGAAGAUUCAGGAGAGGGUGAUGAACAACUUGGGAACCUGGAUUGAUUGGCAGUACCUGCAUAACGCUGCAAAGCUACUGGCUAAGUGUCGCUACACACUCCAGUAUACAUACCCUUACGCCUAUUACAUGGAGUCAGGCCCAAGAAAGAAACUGUUUGAGUACCAGCAGGCUCAGCUGGAAGCCGAGAUAGAAAACCUGUCGUGGAAGGUGGAGCGGGCCGACAGCUACGAGAGAGGAGUGGUGGGGGGCGAGGGGGAGCUCAGCGCCAGUGAUAGAGGGGAUCUUGAGAAUCAGAUGCACAUUGCUGAGCAGAGGCGACGCACGCUGCUAAAGGACUUUCACGACACCUGAGGCUCCAUCGCGACUGCAAAGCACCAGCAUCUCCCACCUUCCUACCUUUGCUUCCUUCCAUGACCAUCCCUUGAUGCAGUCCCCUCAUUUGCUUCUUUCUUUUGGUUUCCCCUCUCUCUUACUCCCACAAUGCUGCAGGGUCACAGAAUAGCACGAUUGUACCCCCCCCCCCUCCCCUUUUCUCACUGUCAUUCUCAGCUCAUUUACAGAUUUUGGCUUUGGAGCAUUACUCACACUGCAGUUAUACUGGCUGCAGCUUUUCUUAUCUGAUCAAAGAGGUCAGGAAAGGGUGGGCGUGUUGGUAUAUUUCAUAUCACAUCAAGCAUUGAUACACCAACAUGAGCAGCCACAAAACAAAUUGUUAUGUUCUGAACAAGUGUUAGGAGUCACAACUGUUGUUCUCAAACUUUAUUUCUAUGAAAGCAGAAUAAAACUGCUGAUGUCAGAGGAGCUUUUUUGUAUGGCGAUAUAAUAAAAUUGCUUUAAGGAGACAGCAGAUUGUGGAUCUGUAUUUGGUGAUUUAACAAGGACCAUAAUGACUAACUGGCUCUUGAUGGCAGUUGUACCCCUCAAACGUUUGAUUGGCUUGAAACAUUGAAGGUUGAUAUUCUGAAACUGCAAACAUUUAUCUCCAACUACCUCUAAUAAACUGCAAAACGUCACUAAACAUAAUUAACUGGCUGAAGGAGUCCUCAACAUUUUAAUCUUUGAUUUUUCUGUGUGAAAUGUGGAAUUGCUUACUGUCCUGGUUCUGUUUUGAACAAACUCUAUUAUUAACUGGGACUGGUGCAGCUUGACAAGACUAUCAAUAAACCUGGAUGGCAGAUUAUUUUGACAAUUUAUCAUAAAAGAGCUUUUUGAUAUUCAGCCAAGUGUUUUUGGUGUGUUUGCUGUGGGAAAACGGGAACCUUAAAGUCCCAGAUAGAUAUCAAAAUACUUGAAAUAUAUAUAUUUUGCUACAUUUGAUGCAUGUUCAUGUACACAAAAUACUACAGAAUAAAUGAAUGUGUGUAGAUGACAACUUUUUUAGAUUUUGUUGCCAGUGUUUCACAAUAAACACACCCUUCCCUUUUCUUUGUAUACAGAUUCUGACCUGCUCCAGCCUCUGCUGCCAGCCAAUAGCUACUAGUCAUUAUGGUCAAAAAGCUAGUGAAUUAAAGGUUCAAUACUUAUCUCUUGCUCUGACUUUGCUGCCUGUUUUUAGGGUAAAAAUCUAUCUUUUACACCUCAACAUGAUCAGAUGAUGGAAUUGUUUAAAGCCACAAGUGUUCUCUCAACCAUUCACUCUCUACAACACCUCUUGACAUCAACAUUGCAUUUGCACACAUACACCAUGCACACAUUGCUCAAACACUCCACUGCAGAAAUAAAAAACUGUUAUUUUGUUCUCUUCCCUCAUCUCACGCUUUCUUUCUUUCUUUACAUUCACCCCCUUGCUUUAUUUUGCUCUUUAUUUCUCUUUUCUUCCUGCUCACAUUGUCCACUUUUCUUCUGGAAAAUGGCUGUUGAUAGAUAGAUCGUUUAAAAAAAUGGGAAAAAAGAAAAAAAAUACAAAAAAAUUGUUGUAAUUUUCAACGGUUGUACAUUAAUACAGAAAUAGAGUUACUGAGAGAGUUUUUAAAACCGGA